AAUUGCAUGAGAUCGAGAAGGCACUGUUGUAUUAUGUUAGCUAUAUAGAUUCUUUCGGUAGCUUUUUGGGUCGAGAAAUAGCUAGGGAGGGGGCGCUGAGUCAUCCCUCAAGACGAGAGAUGGAGGCAAUUUUUUCAUUAUGAUAUAUAUUGACACGCCGUGAAUUUUUGUGUUUUCUCCUUUGUAAUAUGAGAAAGAAAAAGAAAAUCUAUUUUCUUCUAUAUAGAUGGGAAGCUAAUGUUCAGGCAGAUGCCCCUACUAGAGGUAGACGGUCAAUGUUUGAUCGGUAGUGAAGCCAUUCUCAGAUAUGCAUGUCGAAAGGGAAACUUGAAUGGAAAAACAGACCAAGACAAAUACAGAAUUGACAUGCUUUCAAUGGGUGCGAAGGAUAUGGCGUUUCCUAGCCUCAUGUCGCCAAUCUUUCUAGAGGUACAGUUCACCAAGGAAGCAGCUGAUAAAGCCAGUGAAAACGGUAUCAAAGAAUGCAGAGAACGCUAUCUACCAGUCUUCGAAAAGGUUUUAGAUGAGAGUACAUCCGGGUUCCUGGUAGGAGAUUCAAUGAGCAGGGCUGAUAUCAUGCUGUUCGAUGGUCUCUGCUAUCUUCAUGAAGAUCCUAAACUCGAAUCAGAACUGCAGAAUUUUCCUCGCUGCUCGGUGAGAGCCUUGAUCUUUUGGGCAAAAUCUGUGCAAACAAUAGUGCUGCUAGUAGAAGAAACUGAUAAUUGUUAUAUAAUAUAGGCAUUCAUGUCCAACAUUCAUGAUAUACAUAAUUAUGAGCCAAUGUCAUGUUUCGACACGAUAUUAAAAUGAACAGACAAAACAGCAAUAACACAGGCCAUCACCGACUAUAUACAACAACAUUGACGUGUUGUAUGUACAAGUUUUGGGGCAGUGAAAAAUUGUUAUCUGGCUUUCCAAUACGUUAAGACAAGAGUAAAAUCAAAUGCGAUGAAUUUGAGCGGCAUUUUAUUGAAGUAGGAUUAAAAAAAAAAAAAUUUAUGAAGAACCGUAAAAAUUUCAUAUUACAGACACUAUAUUCCUUACUUGUCAUUAUCUAAACGUUGAAAACAACAUCUUUCUGUAGGC